CGUUUAAGCUUUAAUUGCUGUGCAGUGCGUGGAGAAAAACGCUUUUAAAGGUUAUACCGAAUUAAGCGGUAUUUUCAGAGUAACUUAUUAAGAUUAAAACGAAACAAAAAAAAGUUUUUUAUAUAAAAAUAAAUUUGAAAAGUGGGUUAAAAGUUUUAUACUUAACCCUGCUGAUGCAUGGAAGCCUAUAUAAAUGUGAAUGAAUGCACACACACAUAAUAUAUACAUAUAACUGCAUGUGUAUGUCGUUCACACGUACCCCUAUGGGCAAAGUGUAUAAUAAAAUCAAUAAUUUAUUAAAACUGUGAAAACGGGAAAAUAAAAGAUAAAUAAAAAAUAAGAUAAUCUGCUCACACUACUAUGCUCGGCAAGCGUUUGAAUACGUUCAAGUGGAAAUUUAAUUAUGUUGGCUAAUAUGACAUCAGUGAGAAUUUUCAAUUUUGAUCCAAAAUUCAGAUAAUUAAAAAUAAAACUGUUAUAACGAAAAUCAUAAUUGGAUUACUAAUGCCAGCGCAAAGGAUAUCCAUCGAAUUGAAUCAGUAUUGCGGAACUCGGAUUAUAAAUCUGUUAAAAGCCAAUAUGAAUCCAAAAUAUGACGGCUAUUGGCAGCAACAUCAACAAUUUGAGGAAAUAAUUUGCAGUAUUAACGAUAUAUGGCUUUCGCGUUUUUUCUUAUUGUAAGAUAAAAGCUUGUGCAGGCGUGGAGAGUAUUUAGAAUUUUCUCCUAUUUUUUUUUGCCUGAAAUAUUAUGGGAGCUGUUAAAUUAAAAUAUCGGCUUUUUGGAGAACAGCUUAAACGUGCACAAAGUCACAAGUGUUAUCAAAAGAAAGCGGAUCAAAGAAAUUCUCUCGUUUUAUGGGCAUCCCAGGUAAAAUUCUGUACUUCGAAAGCGACGCUAAGAUUGUUUCGAAGUUUAAAAACUAUUGCUUCCGAUAAACGUUAUAUUAUGAUGACUGUGCUGCUUGUAGUGUCAAUCGUUUUGUCGGGAAACACGGCAUUAGCUGCUCAACGAGAUUCUCUGAAAACCAAGGAUCCUAAUUCGAUUAGUAAUAAUGCCAACUCAAUACCAAACAACAUUGGUAGCAAUGGGCCCGGCAGUGUAAAUACGGGCAAUCAGGGUAAUACUAAUAAUAUAAAUAACGGAAACUCCAACUCUGACUAUACAUCAGCGAAUGCAACUAAAGCUUUAAAUUCAUCUACAAUUACUUCCGUCUUAUCGACUACAUCAAACGCUGGUGCAGGUUAUGUGACAACUGUUUCAACACAAGUCAAUAACGCCGCACCUACUUCUACGAUAUUAAACAGCAAUUCUCAAAAAAAUUUGAACAGUGGUAGUACCGGCGUAAAUCGAAACAAUCUUGACGCAUCGGAAAGCGUUCAAAGUGGGCCAUACUUUGAUAGAACCGUCUCAAGGAAUGUUACAGCACUUCUAGGAAAAACGGCUUACUUAAAUUGUCGUGUCAAAAAUUUGGGAAAUAAAACAAUGUUACUUCAGGUUUCAUGGGUACGGCACCGAGAUAUUCAUCUAUUGACAGUGGGCCGUUACACUUACACGUCGGAUCAGCGUUUUCGUGCCAUACAUCAACCACAAACUGAAGACUGGAUUUUACAGAUAAAAUAUCCUCAGCAUCGCGACUCGGGAAUUUAUGAAUGCCAAGUAUCGACAACUCCUCACAUGAGUCACUACAUUCAUCUGAAUGUUGUCGAGCCGUCUACUGAAAUCAUUGGUGCUCCCGAUCUUUAUAUAGAAAGCGGUUCUACUAUUAACCUAACCUGUGUUAUUUUAAACUCACCUGAACCUCCCGCCUAUAUAUUUUGGAAUCAUAACAAUGCUAUAAUUAAUUAUGAUUCCCCUCGAGGAGGGGUGUCUGUCGUCACCAUAAAAGGCGAAACAACAACAUCGUUUUUGCUAAUUAAGUCAGCCCGGCCAUCGGAUUCUGGUCAUUAUCAAUGCAAUCCAUCGAACGCUAAACCGAAGAGUGUCACUGUUCAUGUUCUUAAUGGUGUUUCUCACUCUGUUUCCAGGGGAAUUCCCAGCAGCAAUGCAGCGCGCGGGACAAGCGUAUCAUCGAAUGUCUCAAAAUCAAUAUAUCUUAGUGUACCUGUCAAUGUACUUGUUUACCUUAGCGUAUAUCAGUCAAUACGUAAGGCUACCGCUAUCAGGUGGAGACAAGCAUGCCUACAUGUGACAGCGACAGCAAUACGUUUGGUAGGAAUAUUAACUUUAUUGUUAAUUCCAACCGCAAAAAUCUUAUAUAACUUGAGACUUUCUAAUAUUGAUAAUGACGAUGAUAACGAUGAUGAUGAUGAUGAUGAUGAUGAUGACGGUGACGAUGACAGUGUUUCAAGAAGAAAGUUCUGCUAUUAUUUUCAUAAAGCGCAGUUACAACUAAUAGAAGAAAUGUGGCCAUUAAGCGAUGUAUUGUUACGCUGCACAAAUAUUGUACGUUGCACAAAUAUUGUACGCUGCGGUGAGUUAAGCGCGAAAUGGCAAUCAAACCGUUUCAACCUCAAAUGUUACUGCUGCUGCUGCUGCUGCUGCUGCCACUACUACUGUUCUUUAAGUAGACCGAGUCAACAACAACAACAACAACAUCAACAACAACAAAAACUAUCAAUGCAACAUUUAAAAUUCCUUUAUACUCCCAAAAUGGAUAUAAGCUGAGUUGAGUAUGAAAAGAAUCUAUAGCAACAACGAUAUACGGACGGACGUAUUUUAAACUAAAUAUUCUUACGAAAAGGUUCAAAACCGUAAACAGACACACACACUUUGUAUUAACGAAAACUAUUCAAGGAAAAACUACUCGUAAUAUGUAAAUUUUUUCUACUCCAAAGAAAAUGGAAAAUCUAUUUUACUCUGUUUUUUUUUUUUUU